AGCUGCGUAUAUGUUUGUGGGGUCAGCAGCUGGAAAGAAAGGAGGAUCGGGAAAAAAGUCCCAUUUUGGUCGUCAUUCAAGUACCAAGUAAAUACGUUUUUUGAUUUUGCAGAGCGUAAGCGAAAUUUGAAGCGUCCGCUUACCAAACAGGAACGCAGAGAACGACGUCUAAAAAGGGAAGCAAAAGAAGCGGAACGAAAAAAAUACACGUUCAUGGAACGAAUCAAGAUCUCUCGGAUGAAACAUAUGACGUCAAUAUCAGAGCAAUUUCCUGGCCGAUUAAAUCCAGCCAAAGAAGCAGAUUUACCCGACAAGCCAACAACAAAUGUAUACAUCCGAAGUGCCUAUAAAACUCAGUAUUAUUCGGUUGCCGAAGCCCUCAAAAUGCAUAGGGUAAUGCAACAACCAUCCAUUUAUAAUAAUCCAAAUGCACGAGUUCGUUUACGUAUGGAAUUGAACAUGACCACAGAAAAAAAGACAAAAAUGGUGGCUGAUUCGGAGGAGCUAGUGCCAGUCCCGUAUCCAUUUAAACAUAACGAAAAACGAUCAAUCCUGGCAUUUGCGAAUGCCCAGAGUAAUCGUGAUGCUGCCGUGGAAGCUGGCGCUGAGAUUGCACUUGGUCCCGAUAUGAUCAAAAAGACAAAAAUGGUGGCUGAUUCGGAGGAACUGGUGCCAGUCCCAUAUCCAUUUAAACAUAACGAAAAACGAUCGAUCCUGGCAUUUGCGAAUGACCAGAGUAAUCGUGAUGCUGCCGUGGAAGCUGGCGCCGAGAUCGCACUUGGUCCCGAUAUGAUCAAAAAGAUCAUCAAAGGGAUGUUCCGGAUCGAUGAUUAUGAUUUUUGUGUUGCACAUACCGAUAUGGCAUCAAGUAUCUUGCCACUACGAGGGAUUUUGAGAUCACGCUUUCCAAAUAAACUCAAUGGUAAGCAGUUCUUUUUUCUUUUUUUUUUUUGA